CCACGCAACACCACCGCCAACAUUCCGUGACCAGACCUUGCUGCGUACAUUGCCUUUCGACUCGCUGCUCUUCAGGAACUUCAGUCCAGUUUUUACAUCAUGUCUGCUUCGACUUUCCUUGGCGCACUCGUAGUGGUUCUUGCCGUGAUUCCAUCUGGCCAGGCGUUCGUGAAUCCACAGCUUCGGGAUAUUUUGAAGAUUAAUGUUGACUUCAAGAAUGCAGUGGAAGUGAACGACUUGGACUCGAUUAUGAAGUUGUACAAGCCGGACGUGCUAUUUCUUCCUGAGGGGCAUCCUGGCUUCACUGGAAAAGACAAAUUGGCCGAAAACUUAAGUUGGGUUUCCAGCGCUGGAAAGUAUGACUACUAUGUUAACUACUUGGAUUAUCUGAGCUGGAAGGAUGGUCUUGUCAUGGAACUGAAAACAUUCACCCUUUAUGACAAGUCGGAGAACAAGCUGUUUGAAGGAAAGGCCCUUCUCCUUUGGCAAUUGAAUAAAUACACUGGAACCUUCGAGAUCUCGCUGGAAAUGUUCAACAGUAACAAGAAGGGAGAGUAACGUCCUCUGGAGAAACGUCCGUUUGUGAAAGGACGACUUCAGACAGGAAUAUGACCCCGGAUGUAAAAGUGUUUUGUCUAUCUGUCUGUGUAUAUGUAUUCCUAUGUUAAGGAAGGCCGAUCAAAUAUACAGCAUUAUGCGUAUACCGCACUGCUAACUAAAAUUUCAAUUAGACUCGAUAGACUACUUCGUGAGCACCAUAAAUGUGCUUCGUUCUGUCAGGAAAUACUAGCUCUAAUUGUAAUGUUAGUAAAUGGUAAUGCUUCCCAUGAUCUGCAUAUUAGUAUGGCAUAGAUCCCAGGUCCUCUCCUCGACAAAUUGACUAAAGAACGAGAAAAGCAGUCUCAAUCAUAGAGGUAUAGCUAACCAACGUUUAUGUACCUAUUCUGUGGCAUCAUGUAGUUAUCGGUAAAUCACAGGUGCACUGACAAGAAUUGCAAAAUAAAAGGGGGAAAUAGGGCCUAUCAAUUGA